AUGCCCCGCACCGUCUUACGGCAGGCAUUGUCCUGCCGAAUUCCCAAAAUUGCACAAACGAGACCUUUGCCCCUCAAAAUUUUCAUUCCCUUUGCAUCUCAAGAGAAGCUUUCUUGUCAUCGACCAUACCUUACAGAGUCGAUCCGUGCUCACCAGGCGAGAAGAAUGGCUCCUCAACUCGACAGCUACUUCAAGCAAGUGGAUGAUUCUGCCAACGCUUUUAUCGAGAGACUUCGCAAGGCUGUUGCCAUUCCUUCCAUCUCAGCGGAAGAUGCUCGUCGCCCGGACGUUGUUCGCAUGGGAGAGUGGCUAGCACAUGAACUCGAGACUUUGGGUGCCCAAGUCGAGCUCCGACCUCUGGGGAAACAACCUCACAAAGAACACCUGCAACUCCCCCCGGUCGUCCUCGGCCGAUAUGGAAACGACAAGAAUAAGCGAACGAUUCUGGUGUAUGGCCAUUACGAUGUGCAGCCUGCUGAAAAGAGCAACGGCUGGGCCACUGAGCCCUUUGAACUUAGCAUUGACGACAAGGGCCGGAUGUUUGGGCGUGGUGCCACUGAUGACAAGGGUCCUGUCUUGGGCUGGCUCAACGCCAUUGAGGCUCACCAAAAGGCCGGCAUUGAGUUUCCCGUCAAUCUUUUGAUGUGCUUCGAGGGCAUGGAGGAAUAUGGUUCCGAGGGCCUGGACGACUUGAUCCAGGCUGAGGCCAAGAAGUACUUUGCCGACGCGGACGCUGUGUGCAUUUCCGACAACUACUGGCUCGGCACUCAAAAGCCCUGCUUGACCUAUGGCCUGCGGGGUUGCAACUACUACUCCCUCGAGGUGUCUGGUCCGGGUGCUGAUCUUCAUAGCGGUGUCUUUGGCGGUACAGCUCAGGAGCCCAUGACUGACCUUGUUCGUCUUUUGGGCUCCCUGGUGGACACGCAUGGCAAAAUCCAAAUCCCGGGCAUCAUGGAACAGGUGGUCCCUGUAACUGAGGAGGAACGCAGUCUCUAUGACGGCAUUUCCUUCACCAUGGAGGACCUUCACGAGUCACUUGGUAGCAAGACUACCAUUUACGAGGACAAGGAGAGCACUCUGAUGGCCCGAUGGCGAUUCCCCUCUCUGUCAAUCCAUGGUGUCGAGGGUGCCUUUGGAGGCUCUGGUGCCAAGACUGUUAUUCCCGCCAAGGUUGUUGGCAAGUUCUCCAUCAGAACCGUGCCCAACAUGGACAUUGAUACCACCAACGCCUGCGUCUACAAGUAUGUCGAGGAGCAGUUCGCCAAGCUCAACAGCAAGAACACGAUGAGGGUCUUUGCCCAGCAUACAGGCAAGUGGUGGGCUGCCUCGCCCAAGCACUGGAACUUUUCGGCGGCCGCCAAGGCCACCGAGCGUGUCUGGGGAGUUCAACCCGACUUUACUCGCGAGGGCGGAAGCAUCCCGGUGACCCUGACAUUUGAAGAAGCCACUGGCAAGAACGUAUUGCUGCUUCCCAUGGGUAGCUCAACUGAUGGAGCCCACUCCGUCAAUGAGAAGCUCGACAAGCGCAACUACAUUGAGGGAAUCAAGCUUCUCGGCGCCUACUUACACUAUGUCGCUGAGGAGCCUCAGUCAUGA